UCCUUUCCUCAGUCUUUCUAUCGGAAACAUUUCGAGACUGAAGAGGACCGGGUUAAUCAGCUGUUUUCUCAAGCUGAAGCAAAUGGAGUUCGUGUAGAAAAGAGGUCUGUCACCAUUCAGGAGAUCCAGCAGCACCUAUCUAAGGAGCACGUGAUCAUCGUCCUAGUGAAUGCAGUCCUGCUUGUCUGUGACCUCUGUUCAGCUCCGGUCAAGUUCUGUUGCCUCCUGCCCAUUGGACAGAAAUGUUUCUGCAGGAAGCCAGACUAUCAAGGCCAUUUCAUUGUGGUGUGUGGCUACAACAGGAACUCGGGCUGCAUCUUCUACAACAACCCAGCGUAUGCUGACAGAGUCUGCUGCACAACUGUAAGUAACUUCAAUGAGGCCCGCAUGAGCUAUGGGACAGAUGAAGACAUUCUGUUUGUUUACAAAGACAGCUGAUUACAGUAUUGCAGUGGAUGGCCCUAACAGCAUGUCAAACACAUACUACCUAAGGACGUGAGAUGGUGGCAUUGCAAUGCAUUCCUCACUUUGCACAGUGCGAAUCUGAUUUCUGUCACAGUACUGCACCUAUUCUCUCUCUUCGUUCCUGAUGGUUGCUGAUUGGACAGAACCCGUAUGUGACUCCUUUCAUUCUACAGUAAGCUUGCUGUGGAGUCUUCCUGGAAAAGUCGGGUUCUGGAGAAAAAUAACUUCUUCCAGCCUGGGAAGAUGGCCAUCCCAUCAGGUUUCCAUUGCCUGCUCCGCUUGAUGCUCACAAACCACUUAGAACUCAACUGGUUUUAAAUACCAGUCAAAACUGUAUGCUCCUAUAUUUUAGGCCUUCCUAUAGAACUGAGGAGAGCUUGAAUUCUUGUAAAUGCUUUGGGUUCAUCUGCCAAAAGUGCUGCUAUGUAAUUCUUUUCUUAGGGGUAGAAGGUGAGGACUAAUGGGCACAAAUGCUCUUGGAAUUCAAUACAGUACAGUCAUUUGUUGGUUGCUUUCUUUCUUUGCAUAGAUGACCUUGAGUCAGGCAGGGUCAAUCCCCUCUAGCUGUGAGGGUCACCAGCCUUGACAAGUCCAGCUGAGGCCAUGGGUAGGUUAAAAUGGGAGCUGGGCAUUGAGAAUGUAAAAGCCUUACCCUUCACUUUACAAGAUGGUACAGUCUAGGACCUGCACUGUGCUAGCAGCCCAUAACCCCAUUAGGAACCUGAACUGUAGAACAGUCUAUAGGUUGGUCUCAGUCUCUGGCAUGAGAGAGCAGAACCUAGUCAACUGAACCCACCUCUGCCUGGACUGAGACCUCUAUUGAUCUGCCUGUCAAAUAGGAUUAUGCACAAAAUGUUAAAUGGGAAACUGUUUCUGAAAGCUUUUUAAAAAGAAAUUAUGCUUGGCAAAGAAAUAUCUUUAAUUUUAUAAAGGAAGAUCUGUCACAACCAAUCUGCUUUGCAAACUUAGAUUAUUCGAAAGGUUAUCCGUGCCUCAAUGUAGAAACUUGUUGCACCUUAAAACAUCAAGGAUGCCAGUCCCUAAUGGUGAUUCACCACUAACUCCUCCUCCUACCACACCAAAUUUUUCGAUUUGAGUAAAUUUGCAUUCUAAGCCCCUUUUGGCUUAGUCCUUUGGUUCUAAAGCCUCAAGUGUGAAUUAUUCUUCGGGCACAUCAUUAACGCCGUGAACUGGUGAUAAAUCUGAACUUUAACCCCACAAGCCUGAGUUAUUGAUGCAGCUCAUUCACUCCCAUUUUUAGUUCACAGCAUUCUGUUUUCAACACAUUUGUAAUUGGGUUAAUUUGAAAUCAUUGCAUCUCAUUAAACGGUGAUUUGAUACAUA